AUGCAACUUUCGUUUCACUAUCUCUGGGAGGAUGAUCUGGAUACGGUUAGUGUAGAAAUUGCGACGAUCUUACAGUCGACAAUGGAAUCGUCUCCAUUGCGCACACUUCGUUAUGGUGCGAUUCCGCCAGACGAGUUCUUGUCUUGGUUGACAAAAGGCGUUCGAGCGGACCUUGAAGAGCAAAAAAAGCAUCCAAGGAUAAGAUGGAUCGACUCAAAGAUUGGGAGCCCAGAUGUUGUUCGCUGGGAGGAUAUCGUCAUCAAAGACGAUGACUUGGCCUCAUUGGUGGUGGCUAAUGGCCCGGCGUCAAAAUCCAACAACAGCCGUAUCGUGGCUCAUGCAGCAUUCAUGUAUCAUCCCCCAGAGGAUGAUGCUGCGAGCAUCGAAGUAGGGCAUCACGGGACCAAUGAGAAACCAAAUCCUUUGCCGGCAUCAGGCAACCGACAACUACAAGAAUAUUUCAAUGCGAAAGUUGAAAAAGCGUUGAAAGAAGAGUUUGCUGGCAUGCAUUGCUUCGAGGUUAGAGAGCUCAACGUUCUUGGACCUGAUUAUUUGCGCAAGGGCAUAGCGAGUAGACUUCUUGAUUGGAUUAUACCCAAGGCAGAUAAGAAGAACAUACCGAUUGUCCUUGCCGCGACACCUCAUGGCUAUCCUCUGUAUCUCAAACACGGGUUUGUGGAGAUCGAAGGCGAGAAUAGAAUUGUUGAAUGCGACAUGUCCGAAUGGGGCGGGACAGGUAUUCACAGACAUGUGCUUAUGAUCCGACACCCAACGCCGAUAAACAUGGGUGGCCCCGAGCCAUGA